UGACCGGCAUGAGCGCGCUCCCGGGCCAGUGACCAAGUCGAGGAUGGACUGCGGCUCCGUCGCGGCCGAGAGGCCGAAGCGCCCGUCCGGCCGCCGGCGGCUCCUGCUCCUCCUGGCCGCCGGCCGCGCUGGAGGGCCGGGCGGCCGCGGAAUCCUCGCGCGCCGCCUCCUGCCCGCGCUCCCCGGCGGCCCGGGGGCGCUGCGCCCCGCCGCUCAGGCGGCCCGCGGCGGCGCGGCACGUGCCUCCCCGCUGCUCCUCCUCUUUCUGGUGCCCUGCCCGCGCCGGGCGGCCGUGGCCCCGCGUCGGCCGCCGGCGGACUGGGAGCGUCCGCGCGCCGGACCCCCGGGACCCCCGGCUGGGCGCGGCGGCGUGUGGAGAAGCCAGCCGGGCCUGGCCCCGGGCCUCGCGGGUGCGGCGGGCGCGCUCCCCCGGUGCCUCGGCCGGGUGGCCGCCCUGGCGUCCUCCAGGAGAGAGCUGAGCCUCUGCGCUGGGAGCCUGCAGCUGGACAGCAGAAGGAGAGAGUUCACCUCUUCUGGGAACAGGAAGCACUACUUCGACACCCAUGCCUUAGUGUGUGUGCUGGAGGAGAAUGGGUUUACUACUCAACAAGCAGAAGUCAUUGUGUCUGCCUUGAUCAAGAUCAUGGAGGCCAACAUGGAUAUCGUCUACAAAGAUAUGGUCACCAAGAUGCAGCAGGAGAUCACUCUUCAGCAAAUAAUGUCUCAGAUCGCUAACGUGAAGAAAGAUAUGAUUAUUUUGGAGAAGAGUGAAUUUUCAGCCCUCAGAUCAGAAAAUGAGAAAAUAAAACUUGAGCUCCAUCGGUUAAAACAGCAAGUAAUGGAUGAAGUGAUCAAAGUCCGAACAGAUACCAAAUUAGACUUCAAUCUAGAAAAGAGCAGAGUGAAAGAACUGCAUUCGUUAAACGAAAGGAAGCUGCUGGAAAUAAAAACAGAAAUGGUGUCACUGCAUGCCCAGCAGGAUCGGGCCGUCACGCAGACAGACAGGAAGAUAGACACCGAGGUUGCUGGCCUUAAAACCAUGCUUGAGUCACACAAGCUUGAUAAUAUUAAAUAUUUAGCAGGAUCUGUAUUUACGUGCCUAACAGUAGCUCUGGGAUUUUAUCGCCUGUGGAUGUAAUAAAGUGUCUAUUUAAAGAGCAUUCUAUUGUUCUGCCUUAAGAAUACCAGAUUCUUGCUGUACUUUUUUUUCUCAUUUCUAAUUAUAAUGCUGAUUUUUAAAAUUUAAUGCACAUUAUUUAUAUUAUGCAAAUGAUGGACAUAUAACCACGGCAAAGAAGUGAGAAAUUUCAUAACUGCUUCUUUCAUCUCUUCUAUUUAGUUAACUUUAUAACUCUUGAGUGGUGGAAAAAGCAAGGAGGACUCCACUCCCCUGGACCAGUGAACUCAGUCUAACUUGCAGGACAUAGCAACAAUAAAUAUGUGUAGAACUCUGCAAUUUUAAAUCUUCUGUCUCAUCAAGGAUUUGGGGUCUCCAUGUAAAGGCACAGAAGCUUUACUAAGUGCUGAAGAAUCAAGGUAACCAAACCAAGAGCAUCACAUCUUCUUCACCUGCUGACCCAGACCCUGACGUCAGCCGGUCCCUGUGUUAGAGGUUGCGUUUCAAGUCCAGUCAGUCCGUAGCCUCAUGCUACACUGUACUUGACACCAGAGAGAGAUUUUUUUCUUUUAGUUGCAUUAUCUUGGUUAUUAUUCCGCUUAUUGUUUAUGUGCCUUCCAGCUGGAAAAUCUUGUUGUCUAAUGAAGUAUUAGGAUUAGGAUGGAGACGGUCUCAGCCUCCUGCUGUGCCCACUUCCUCUACCUCCUUCCCCCUCACUCAGCCCCUCCUCCUCUCCCUCCUGAUUUAAGAGCUAUCAUAAUGCUCCAGGGAUGACAUUGUCUCCCUAGAAAACAUGCUCCCUCUCGGCAUGGAAGUCAGCUUCAGUAUGUGUGAUCGUCACCCUAAUGGCCUUCAACUUUUUACACGAUGCAAGGGAAGCACACGGUAUAAUGUCUGUAGCAAUCCUGAGAUAGUUAGAUAGUGUAUGUACUCCUCAGAAAUAUCUUUAAUGAAGAUGCCUUUGCCCAUUACAAGCUCAGGUCAAAGGCUUUGAAAAUUAGAGAACUGUCCUGCCAGGUAUUAGCCUAAUGUGGGUCAGAUUCUUUGGUUGUUAAAGACAUUCUCAUAGCGACCUUACCUCUGCAUUUAAAACAGAUUACUAGAUACAGCGGGGCGGGGUGGGGGGGGUUUGGAAAUGCACAUUCUCAUCUUACUUGAAUGACCUGCACAUAAAAAGAAUAAGCAUUCAAGAAAUGAUGACAUCAGAUGUCUCCUGUCUUUCUCACAUGUGCAUGUGCUUAUCUGUGCAUACCUGGUUCAGUGGAAAAACCACAUAGAGACUUCGGAUCACACAGGUAGAAUAAACUACCCAUCAUCACUCUUCCAUCCACAGUGGUGACUAAGUUGUCCUCUGUCCUUCGGAUGCCAUUUCUAAACUUUUUAAGUCAUCACCUUGUUUGAGAACAUUUGUGUAGCUUAAAGAUUCUGAGCUCCAGAUAAGUAUGAAAAUCAAGUACUUUGGCAUUCGUGGUGUCAAAGUGAAAAAUAAUCUUUUUUUCAACUAGAUCCAAAGUUGUCUUAACUGCCUCAAAAGAUACUUCAGCAAUAUAUUCUUUCCCUUUCAGAGAAGCUUCUCCAGGAAAUACUGUUCAUUUAACAAUCGCCUCCAAUAUUAAAGAGUGAGAAGUGACCUCCCGUUAAGCCACCUGUGCAGCAUAACUUUGGUUAGGGAGAGCCAGGAGGAGGCUGGAGCACAUGUGCUUUGACAAAAGGAGACAGCACUGUCCGCGGUUCUGUUUCAAAGGGAAUGCUAACGUAUUCGCAAAGUGACCUUAUAUGCUGAUAAAAUAUUUUUUAAAUAACAUUCAGCUGGGUGACUUUCUGUCCUCUGCCAAAAGCAUUCCAUGUGACAUUCCUCCUAGUGAGGGUGGGCCGCACCCGCCCGUCACUUGGUCCGGGCCAUCACUGGCUGCAGUGGAGUCCUCCAAAGCACCAGCCCGCACCUCCCCGGCCUCGGGAACAACGAACUCUCCUCUUGGUGGCCUGGACUGCGGGCGUAGAUGGAGACCAGGAGAGUUCGGGACUGUGUUCUCUGUUUAGUCAAGUAUAUUCUAUUUUAAAGCACAGGAGCAGAAAGACAAGCAUACCCUUCCCGGCUCUCUCCCGGACAUCUGUGAGCCUCUAAGUGGCUGGGGCUGGAUGCUGUAUGACGGCUCCUGAGCUCACCUGGCUGAGAGGAAAUUCAGCAUUAGCACUCGGAAGGGAGAAGAUGCCUGACGAAACUCCCUGCCUCUAGCACGUGGGGGAAUUGGCCAAAGUGAGAUCCUGAAGAUCACCCCUCCAGGCACAGGUUCCUAACCCUGAAUGUCAAGUGGCCUGAGUCCUUACUUCCUGUUCAUGCACAAACCACUCGGAAGGUUCCUCCAUGCCUUCUCUCCACUCCCCUGCUCUUUAUCUUAUUUAGAAGAGCUUAAACUCCAGCCCGACUCCUCUCCCAUUCCCUUCAUAAGCCAGCCUGUUUGUGUGUGUGGUUCUUUAGAGAAAACGUGAAUUCUGACUUCCUUGCUGGUCUCAGCCCUCCACUAAGGACUUUUCCAGCUCAGUAGCUAACAAAACUACAUCUGAAGGUCUUUGUCUUUCCGCUUAAGGAUGUCAAGUACCUCAGUCGAGAAGUCUCCAGUUCAGGAAGAAAGGCUUGAACCAGCCAUCUUGCCCUGAGCUCUUUGAAAACCAAACCCCUGAGCCACAGUGUCUGUGGCCCGGCCUGGGCCGUGUCCCUCUGCUGCCGCAGAGUGACGAGCUCGUCCUUCCGUCCCAGGCUUCUCUGCAGCUCUCCUGCUAACUAGCUGUGUCAGCAUUGGCAGGGACCUCUCCCCCCGAUACGCCGUGUUCUGAGAAUUUUGGCCUCAUUCCUGAACAAAUGUCGUAUAGACGGCACUAUGGAACUCAUGUCUAGAAAACUGGCUCUUAACAUAACGUUCAUCACAUGUGUUGCGACUUUUCUGACACUGAAGCAAAAACAUGUUAAUCAGGAGUGAUUUAUUUUUUAUAGAAAAUGUUUGAGCCUGUUUAGCCUUUUAUCAGGGUUUCAUUUGGAAAAUACCAACCUUCCUGCAGAUUUAUAACUUAUGUUCCUCUCAUUAUAACCCAAAUCGUUUCUUAACCCUUUCAUUACUUAAGCAAAUGUUUGGUUACAUUUUACUGUAUAAUAGAGGGGCCCUAAUAGUCUUAUGAUCUAAAAUAAAAUAUUUAAUUUUAUGUGAUUAGAAUGCUGUUCUGUUUGUUCACAUUGAAUAUGAAAAACUGGAACAACUUCUGCCCACACUGUUUCUACUGUUUUUCCUUCCAGUUGUAUAUGAUAAUGAUGUAAUAUUUUAAAAAUCUAAAACCUAAACAUAUUUGAAUUUGCAUACAGGAUAUAUUUGAAAGUGGUUAUUUGAUUUAAAAAAUAAAUUUUUAUUCAAAAGAC